UUUGUUCAUUAAAUUAAAUUUGAUCGAAAUAUAUUUUACUUUAUACAGAAUUUGUUUGAAAGUUUAAAAAUGGAAUUGUAAAGAUGAAGCUGGCUGAUAUUUACACCAAGGAGACAAAGGUGUGGGUGCCCGAUGAUGCGUUGGUGUGGCGGUCUGCCUCAUUGGUGGAUGGGUACAAAGACAAUGAUGAUGUCAUAAAGAUUAUUGUUGAGGCGAUUGAAGAGGAAGAAGUGGAGGAAAUUCGUGUUUUAAAGCUCGGACAUUCGAAGGAUUUGCCCCCGUUGCGCAACCCCGAUAUUUUGGUCGGAGAAAAUGACCUGACAUCACUGAGUUAUUUGCAUGAACCAGCUGUGCUGUAUAACUUACAAACAAGAUUUGUGGAAAGAAACGCAAUAUAUACAUAUUGUGGAAUCGUAUUAGUUGCUAUUAACCCCUACAGCGAGCUAUCAAUUUAUUCAAAUGAUUUCAUUCAACUUUACUCUGGCCGCAACUUGGGGGAAAUGGACCCCCAUAUUUUCGCCAUCGCUGAGGAAGCUUUUAAUCAAAUGUCGAGGGAUGAUAAGAAUCAGUCGAUCAUUGUAACCGGGGAGUCUGGGGCAGGAAAGACGGUAUCAGCAAAAUAUACAAUGAGAUAUUUUGCGACGGUUGGGGGGUCAGGUGAUGAAUCGACCGUGGAGCAAAAAGUUCUUGCUUCGAACCCAAUUAUGGAGGCGAUUGGAAAUGCUAAGACAACUCGCAACGACAACAGCAGUCGCUUUGGUAAAUAUAUUCAGAUCGGGUUCAGCGGUCGUUACCACAUCAUAGGAGCUCACAUGCGAACAUACUUGCUGGAGAAAUCGAGGGUUAUAUCACAGGGUAUGGAUGAAAGGAACUACCAUAUAUUUUAUCAACUUUGUGCGUGCGCCCAUCUUCCACAGUUCAAACCAUUAAAACUAAUGUCGGCUCGUGACUUCGAAUACACCAGGAACGGAGAUUGUACACAGAUCGAUGGCGUCAACGACGAAAGUGAAUUCAAAGAAACGAUUCAUGCGUUCACUUUACUUGGUGUCAGUAGUAAGCACCAGUCGUUAGUUUUUCGAUUGUUGUCUGCCAUACUUCAUAUGGGGAAUAUAAACAUUGAAGAGAAUGGAAACGGACACUCCCAUUGUUCUGACAGCGACGAACAUUUGAUUACAAUGUGCGGGUUGCUGGGAGUUGAACCAAAACAAAUGGCCCAGUGGCUGUGUUAUAAAAAGUUGAGGACGAUGGCUGAGGUUCUUAUUACCCCGCUGACUCAUGAUCAGGCAUUGGUAUCCAGAGAUGCGCUGGCCAAACAUAUGUAUUCCAAACUAUUUGAUUGGAUCGUUCGUAAAGUUAACGCAGCUUUAUCAACGACAGCUGAACAACAUUCAUUCAUCGGGGUUCUGGACAUUUACGGGUUCGAAACAUUUGAAAACAACAGUUUUGAACAAUUUUGCAUAAAUUAUGCCAACGAGAAAUUACAACAACAGUUUUGCCAGCACGUGUUUAAACUUGAGCAAGAAGAAUACGUUAGGGAGGAGAUAGAAUGGAAGUUCAUCGAUUUCUAUGACAACCAGCCGUGUAUCGCGCUGAUCGAAAACAAACUUGGGAUAUUAGAUCUUUUGAACGACGAGUGCAGAAUGCCUAAAGGUAGCGACCAAUCUUGGGCUGAUAAACUUUAUGAUCGUCACUUAAAAACAUCCAAGCAUUUUGACAAAAUUAAGAUCUCAAACACUUCUUUCUUUAUCACACACUUUGCUGACAAAGUCAGAUACGAAAUUGAGGGAUUUCUGGAAAAAAAUAAAGACACCGUGCAAGAGGAGCAACUGAAUAUAUUGAAAGCGAGCCAGAAGUUUGAGUUGAUUGGGGAGUUGUUUGCUGAGGAAUCAGUCGACCGUGACGUUGAAGUGACGGCAGGGGUAGGCAAACGAGGCGCAGCGAAAGUUAAACUGUCGCACGCUUCGUCUAAACCGACCAGCGUACGUAAAAAAAAAGAAACGAAGAAGACGGUGGCUAACCAGUUUCAAGAAUCGUUGGCGCAACUCAUGGGGAUUUUGAACUCAACGACUCCCCAUUACGUCCGAUGCAUCAAACCAAAUGAUUAUAAACUAAGUUUCACUUUCGAAGCAAAACGCGCGGUUCAACAGCUUCGUGCGUGCGGGGUGUUGGAGACGGUCAGGAUAAGCGCGGCUGGUUACCCGUCUCGUUGGUCGUAUACAGAGUUUAUUGCAAGAUAUCGUGUGUUGAUGUCAACAAAGGACAUUGUUAAAAAAGAUCCUCGUAAAACUUGUGAGAAAGUUUUGAAAACCCUCAUCCCAGAGGAGGAUAAGUAUCAACCUGGAAAAAAUAAAAUCUUUUUCCGUGCAGGCCAGGUCGCUUAUUUGGAAAAGUUGCGCGCCAACAAACUACGAGCUUGUGCGGUUAUUAUUCAAAAGAAUACACGAAUGUGGUUGCAAUACAAGCGUUAUAUUAGGAUGAAACAAUCGGCCAUUGUUGUCCAGCGAUACGUUCGGGGCUACCAAGCAAGAUGUUUGGUAUCACAUCUUCGACGAACAAAAGCUGCAACAAUCCUUCAAACAAGAUGGCGGGGUCAUAUCGCUCGUGCCCGAUAUUUACGAGUGCUUCAUGCCUCAGUGGUGUUGCAAGCGUAUACCAGAGGAAUGUUCGCACGAAAGAUUUAUUUUUCAAUGGUGGUGAAUGCAAAGGCAGUAGUUAUACAGAAACAUGUGCGUGGUUGGUUGGAGAGACGUACAUUUACUCGCACGAUGAAGUUGAUGGUUUACCUUCAAUGCUGUGUACGAAGGUGGUUGGCUAAGAAGCAACUGAAGCAGCUCAAGAUUGAAGCAAGAUCGGUGAGCCAUUUCAAGAAGCUAAACCUUGGAAUGGAGAACAAGAUAAUGGAUUUGCAACGAAAAAUUGAUGUCAUUACGAAUGAAAACCGAAUCCUUACGACUAAAACGAUGAAAGUGGAAGCUCUUCAGCUCCAACUUGUGGAUGUUGAAAAAAAUAAAGUUUUGGUCGAAAAGUACCGAGAAAAAAGCGAUGGGCUGGAACAUGAUCUUGCUCAUGUGCGCCACCUAAUGGAAAGUUCGAGCGAUGAGUUAAAGUUAACGAAAGAAUCGUUCGAGCGUGAAAGAGAGGACAAAGAUAAAUUAAUAACUGAGCUGCAUGCUGAGGUUCUCCGAUUAAAAACUCGGAACUCGGAAGUUUUGUCGCAAUCUGCCAUGAAGGAAAACGAAAUAAGAGAAUCAUUUAAAUCUGAAGUGAAAGUUCGAUUAAACGAACUCCAGGUGGCGCUAGAUGAUGAACGAGCGCAACAUCAGGCGAGGAUAAAGGAUUAUAAUCGCAUCGAACAAAGAUACGAGAACAUUAAGGAUGAAUUGGAAGUUACCCGAGCUAGGGAAGGCGAACAUGGAAGCUCUAAUGGGACACUAGAGCACAGUGAGCUUUUGGAUCAGAUCGAAGAAUUAAAUCAGGAGAAAAAUGAAUUGGAAUUGAGGAUCGCCGAGAAGUUGAAGGGGGAGUUCGAGUAUGAGAGUCAGAUAAAGUUACGGCAAGCAAUGGAAGAAAACGAGACAUUUAAAAACGAGAUUUCGAAAUUACGGAAAUCGAUCGCUGAAACAGCAGCGGAAAGUAUGGGAGAAGAUAGCAACGUAUUUAAGGCAAUGUACGAACAGAUGGAAGCGAUGCAGGAGGAACUUGAAGUUCGUCGAUCCGAGGUUAUUCAACUAAAGUCGUUCGUUGCUAAGCAACCUGUGGUAUCAGAGACAAAGACGUGUUCAACGAUGACGGGUUCUGAACUAUUGGGUUCGAGGAAUCGGAUGGAAGACAUUAAUCUCGAUAAACUUGAUAAAAGUGAUUUAAAGGCAGUUCUUAUUAAAGUGUAUGACCAUAAUAGAAUGUUGGAAUCAGAGCUCGAAGCCGAAAGAAAAAACCAUGAAAUUGAAAUUUUGGAUUUGCGUUCUGCCUCAACACAGAAUGGUGGAUAUGAUGUCACAAUGGAGGGAAACAUUCAGCAAGAAUUGUCGCGUUUAUCGUCGGAAAAUUAUAAUUUGCUGACGAAAGUGGAAUCUUUGGAUAAAAUGAACAAAAAGUUGAAACGGCAGCUCAAGCUGUACAGUCGCAAACUUAAUGACGGUUCAACGAGAUCUAGCUUGGUUAGUUCUGAUUCGACCCUUAGCGUGCCAUCUCGCCCCAGUGAAGAAGAUACGGGUUCAAUCCAAGGUCACCCAAUGUUGCGUCAUAAAGAAUCAACAGACGGAUCAUUAGGGAUGCUACAAUACAAAGCUGGGGAUGAAAGCAAAGUUAUUCAAACCAUUAUAUUGGAUUUCAAGCCUCGUGGGGUUGCUGUGAACAUGAUACCUGGACUUCCAGCUUAUUUACUUUUCAAGUUGCUACGGUUCGCAGAUUACAGCAAUGAUGAUAAAAUGAUUAAACAACUCUUGCAACAAAUUAUCAACGGGAUAAAAAGAGUGGAAAAAAAACACGAUAAGGAAUUUGAGUUCAUGUCGUUCUGGUUGUCGAACACCUGCAGGUUCCUACAUAACAUGAAACAGUACAGCGGGGAAGAAGAAUAUAUGAAAGAAUCAACAGAACAUCAGAGACGACAUUGUUUACGCAACUUUGACCUUGCUGAAUAUCGGCCUGUGUUUAGUGAUAUUGCGAUCUCAUUGUUCCAAAAGUUGGUAUUAAACAUGGUUCGAUCUAUCAAACAGAUGAUUGUUCCUGCUAUGUUGGAACAUGAUACAAUACAAGGUCUGUCGAGCAAACCGGCGGGCAUGAGGGGUAGGAGCGCCAGCAAAGACGGCAUUGAUUACACAGUGGAGGCUUUGAUUAAACAACUGUCGUCAUUUCAUUCGAUGAUGGUAAAAACAUUAUUGUCCUUGGAUGGAAUGGAUCGCCAUGGAAGAUUGGUUUGA